UGGUGCAUAAAGCCGCCGCCGCUGCUGCCACCACCGCCGUUGGUUUCUAGCAGCAGCUCUGGCCUCCUCUCGGCUGCGGGAGCAGCUGCUCCAAUGCCCCAGAGCGGCCAUGAGCUCCCCGCACUGGUGGGACCAGCUGCGGGCUGGGAGCUCGGAGGUGGACUGGUGCGAGGACAACUACACCAUCGUGCCUGCCAUCGCCGAGUUCUACAACACGAUCAGCAACGUCUUGUUUUUCAUUUUACCGCCCAUCUGCAUGUGCUUGUUUCGUCAAUAUGCAACAUGCUUCAACAGUGGCAUCUACUUAAUAUGGACUCUGUUAGUUGUAGUGGGAAUUGGAUCCGUCUACUUCCAUGCAACCCUUAGUUUCCUGGGUCAGAUGCUUGAUGAACUUGCAAUCCUUUGGGUUCUGAUGUGUGCUCUGGCCAUGUGGUUCCCCAGAAGGUAUCUACCAAAGAUCUUUCGGAACGACAGGGGCAGGUUCAAGGCGGUGGUCUGCGUCCUGUCUGCAGUUACAACGUGCCUGGCGUUUGUCAAGCCUGCCAUCAACAACAUCUCUCUGAUGACCCUGGGGGUUCCUUGCACGGCGCUGCUCAUUGCUGAGCUAAGGAGGUGUGACAACGUGCGUGUUUUUAAGCUGGGCCUCUUCUCCGGCCUCUGGUGGACCCUCGCCCUCUUCUGCUGGAUCAGUGACCGGGCCUUCUGUGAGCUGCUGUCAUCCUUCCACUUUCCCUACCUGCACUGCGUGUGGCACAUCCUCAUCUGCCUGGCCGCCUACCUGGGCUGCGUGUGCUUCGCCUACUUUGAUGCUGCCUCCGAGAUACCUGAGCAAGGCCCCGUCAUCAAGUUUUGGCCCAGCGAGAGAUGGGCCUUCAUCGGCGUCCCCUAUGUGUCCCUUCUGUGCGCCAGCAAGAAAUCACCGGUCAAGAUCACGUGAUGGCAAGGCAGUGGCUGGCCUCUCUGCUUAUUUUCCCUCGCGCACCUAAACUUCAUCUGCCAGCAGAGACAGCCAGGGGGGUUCGCAGAGUCGGAGGUGGGGUCUGUCUUUUAAAAAGUUCAGUGCCCUUGGGUUCUAACUAGUGUGUCUGUGGACCGCCAGGACUCCACGGUGCCUGGGGAGCAGCGGGUGUCUUCCCCUUUCCCAAAGGUGGGAAGUAGAGGGCCAAGGGGCACUAGGUGUGUCUCCUCAGUGUCACCUCCAGCUACAGUGCUCGUUGGGCUGCGUCCUUUAUGGUGAUGGCAGAGCCGUCCCGUGGGGGACUCAGCGCUGCACACGUCUCGCUUCCUGGAGAGAGUUUGCUCCAGAUCCCACCGUUCCCAUGUGCUCUCGGAGCGGACCCUCCCUUGACAGACAAAUCCUGCGCCAGACAAGACCCUCUGACUGUAUGAUGGAAGAGGCCAGAGGUUUUCAUUUGGGGAAACUGUCCUGAAACGAAAGCAAACAAAUGGAACACACACAGGGCUUGUGGCUAAGGAGGCUGGUUUCCCCCCUUGCAGCUCUCCAUAACCCAGGGUUUACAUACAUGUGUGCAUCCUUUUCCUGCUACCUCUUCUGAGAGAUGGGGACUUGACUUUAGAUCAGGGUGACGCUAACAAGGAAAACCCUCUAUGCCAAAAACGACACUCCACUUUAAGCCAUUCUUGAAGAUAAGCACAAUUUUUAAAUGCUGACACGGUCUCCGCCCCCCAGCCCAGUACCCUCAAACACACAAAGAGAAGACUAGCUACGGUGUGAGUGGUGUGAGCUUUCCAUACAGAGACCCACCCCUUUACUGCUUGACCUCUGUGACAUUGCCAACGGCUUGUGACAAUCCUGGUAGGGGUCCUGGUUCAAACUUUGGAGCAAACAUGAAGUUUUAGAAGUUGUUCUCAUUGGAAGCCUCCUGUAUGCUGUCCUAUUCUGGAAAUUAUCCUCAAGAAUCUUGCCGCUUCUUUCUUUGAUAUUUACUGUGGGAAUUACACUCCAUAUCCUCACAGUAUGAGGUGCUUCCUGUGGUUUCUCCGCACUGGCGUUUGACCACGUGCUUUUCUUAAGUGCUGGCCUUAACUACACACUGGCUGCUUUGGGUGCAGCAGGGCAAAUCUCUUGCCUUCUGAGUUCUCACCUAAAGUGACACUGGCUGCAACUCCUGUCCUCUUCACCGGGCUGAAUGGGAGACUCCGCAUAUGUCUUCAAGGUGCGAGGUGGGGAUUCAUGACCUCAGGGAUACUCAUUUUAACUCAGGCAUCUCUUGCUUUGCAACAUUCCAUCACGGGAGAGUGCAGAACAGAUGUGUCCUUCUUGUGUGGAUGGGAAUCACGUCACUGUCCUAAGUAUUUAAGAGUUGGGCAGUAGCAGGUUUUGGCUUGUCUGGGAACUCUUACUCUGGUUAAAAUUUGCACAGAAUUGCAGGUGAAAAGUCCAAGAAGCAACUGAAUUUAGACUUUAGAA